UCCUUCACUUUCCCAAACCUUAAAAGCUCCUACUGCAAAACCUUACUAUGCCCAAGCUCAUCAGUCAACACUGGUUCACUUUCUUCUAGUCUCCACAUUCUCUCAGGGCUGACAGAUCUGUACUUAUACAGUGGAGUAUGCCCUCAGCAGGGUGAUAUGAGUCGACAAGAAAAAAAGAAGGAAAAGAUGUUGGAAAGUGAUGUUCAUGCUGCAUUGACCUGCGAUGACAUCAUAAAUGAGAUACUUCUUCGGCUGCCAGAGAAAUUUGUAUUCAGAUUGAUACUUGUGUCAAAGAGGUGGCUUCGUGUGAUAUGUAGUUCUUCUUUUCGAUCUGAUUAUCAUGCUAGAUGUAGAGUGAACUUUCAUCUUCUGGGUUUCUUUGUCUGCAACCAGCUGUACCUUUGCAGACCUAAAGAUGGGAUGCGCCGACCCAAGUCUGAGCCUUCACUUCAGUUAUUGACAGCUUGUGAGGAAGGUGAUGAUGUAUGCAAUGAUUUGAUGUCUUCUGGGAACUGCAAACAGCUUGGUUAUUUCAUCGACUCUGCCAAUGGGCUUCUUCUUUGUGGCCGCCACCCAUUGACUUAUUCUGUCUGGAACCCAAUCAGCAAAGUGCUAUUCCAACUUCCUCAACCUCAGCGUUUCUACAAACGCUUGUGUAUGGCAUUCAUCGCUGAGGACUAUUUCAAUGACAUUCUUCACUACAAGGUUAUUCGUGCGAAUUGUGAAUGCAAACGUGAGGUUAACACUGUCUCCAUCGAGACUUUCUCUUCAGUGACUGGUACAUGGAAGCAUUUCACGCUCACUUGCUCUUCAAAUUUUUCCUUGCGCCCCUGGACAGUGGCUACUGUGAUCAAUGGUGUAGUAUACUGGUAUGCGACACAGGGAAAGAUAGCCAUUAAGGAAAGUUUAGCCAUUUAUGACCCACGUGUUGGAAACACGCGUAUAGUUUUGCUUAAAUUACCUGAUGGGAAGAUUUCGCAGGAUUAUGAUGAGUUUGUUCUUGGGGAGUCCUCAGAUGGGCUAUUGCAGUAUGGUCAGAGCAGCAAGUCAGGCAUGGAGAUAUGGGUUCUUGAGAAGGAACAAGAUAGUAUCUCAUCUAUUACCACAAGCAAUGCGCAAUCAAAUCGCAAGUGGAAGUUCAGAUACAGACUAAGUUUCAAAUCAAUGUGGAAGAGAAAUCCAAGCUUUUGCAGGCAGACUAAAGAAGCGCAAAUAUUGUCAUUCCUUCCUCAGAAUUCUGAAUAUGUCUUCAUAAGAUCUGGACAAAACAUACUUCUCUUGCACAUUGAAAGCCAAAUGUUGAAGGUGAUUCGAUAUCACGGUCCUAGCUCUCUUAUCCAAUGGGAUUUCAGCAAAGUGGUGCCGUACUUUCGACCUUCUUGGCCACGAUCUUCUUUAUGCCAUGAAAAGGCGGCAACUUCUUCUUGGCCUUCUUCAGGCGAUGAAACUGCGGCACCUGCUUGGCCUUCCUGGUGAAUAUGUAAACAUCUUAGCUAACUCAUGUGAUCCCUAACUGCGACCUGGCUUUAGUUUAGCUUGUUUCAUGAAACCAUGAAUCUGUGGAGAAUUUGUAAACUUCUCUAGUCAUGUGAUCUAUGUUUCGUUUAGUUUUGUGUCAUGAGAACAUGAAUGUUGCUAGUAUGCUGAGAUGGAAUUCUCUUUCAGCUCUGAUCUGUCUGUAAAGUUUUCUAGGGCACUGGGGUUUCAGUCUUUCAACAGAUAUUCAGUAAACUGCACACUUAUAUUUGUUCUCUUA